AAAGGCAGCACAUUUCCUGUACACACCGUGCUCACUAACCAGCGUUCACAACACGGAACAGAGACACAACGCUGGGUCAACGGCGAGCACAGACACACACACACAUGCAUGUAGUUAGUUAGUUAUUUGAACCUGUUCGUUUAUCAGUCUCAUCAUGUACCAAUGCGAAUAUGACUGCGUUUGCUAAAAACUGCGUCACUGUGUGAGACUACUCUGCCUGUUAGAAAACUACCGAUACCGCUCCCUCCCUCCCUCCUCCUCCUCUCCUCGGCCGCGUUCAGCACCUCACCUCCGGUCUCAAUGGCGGACCCCGUAGAACCAGCACCGGGUAGCAUACAGGAUGAGAAGAAAGAGGGUAUCAACGACGCAGAGCUGGCACUGAAAGGAAUAAACAUGCUGCUCAACAAUGGAUUCAAGGAGAGCGACGAGCUCUUCAAAUUAUACAGGAACCAAAGUCCUUUGAUGAGUUUCGGGGCCAGUUUUGUGAGUUUUCUGAAUGCCAUGAUGACGUUUGAGGAGGAGAAAAUGCAGAUGGCCUUUGAGGAUCUCAAAGCUACAGAGCGACUGUGCGAGAGUGAAAACACUGGUGUCAUUGAGACCAUUAAAAACAAACUCAAGAGGACUAUGCACUCCCAGAGGUCGGGGGUGGCUGCAGUGGACCGGCUCCAGAGGCAGAUCAUCAUCGCUGACUGCCAGGUUUACCUUGCAGUGCUGUCUUUCAUCAAACAAGAGCUGUCGUCAUACAUCAAAGGGGGCUGGAUCCUCCGUAAAGCCUGGAAGAUGUACAACAAAUGUUACAGCGACAUCACACACCUGCAGGAGGGCAGCAGAAGAAGAGCCUCCCAGCAGCAAGCGGCGGGGCCUCCAUCUCUGUCCUCAUCUGACGCGUCACACCACAGCCGCUCCUCCUCCCCCGGGCCGAGCCCCUCCCUCAGACCGGACGGCAUCAGCCCCGAGGCUCUGGACCGACUUAAAGGUUCCGUCAGCUUCGGUUAUGGCCUCUUCCACCUCUGCAUCUCCAUGGUGCCCCCCCACCUCCUGAAGAUCGUCAACCUGCUGGGCUUCCCUGGUGACCGCCUGCAAGGCCUGUCAGCGCUCACGUACGCCAGUGAAAGUACAGACAUGAAGGCCCCUUUAGCUACCCUGGCCCUCCUGUGGUACCACACAGUAGUGCAGCCCUUCUUUGCUCUCGAUGGCUCAGACACACAGGCAGGUCUGAUGGAAGCCAAAUCCAUUCUCCAACAAAGAGAGGCUAUCUAUCCAAACUCCUCCCUCUUCAUGUUUUUCAAAGGCAGAGUCCAACGCCUCGAGUGCCAGAUCAGUAGUGCCUUGACAUCCUUCCGUGAUGCCUUAGAAUUGGCUUCUGAUCAGAGGGAGAUUCAGCACGUGUGUUUGUAUGAAAUAGGUUGGUGCAGCAUGAUCGAGCUGAGCUACAGAGAAGCCUACAGGGCCUUUGAGCGACUGAAGACGGAGUCUCGCUGGUCCCAGUGCUAUUACGCCUAUUUAACUGGAGCGUGCCGAGGAGCCACAGGUGAUCUAGAGGGAGCUAUCACUGUCUUCAAGGAUGUGGAAACAUUUUUCAAACGCAAGAAUAAUCAGAUAGAGCUGUUCGCUAUGAAGAGGGCUGAGAAGCUACGGACCCCCAGUCUAUCCAAAGAGCUCUGCAUCCUGUCUGUGAUUGAGAUUCUUUAUCUGUGGAAAGCUCUACCAAACUGCUCCACCGCCAAACUUCAGACAAUGUCACAAGUGCUGCAGGGGAUUGAUGACGCCUCAUGUGAAGGCCUGAAAAACCUGCUUCUCGGUUCCAUAAACAGAUGUCUUCAUAACACAAACGAUGCCAUUCAGUUUUUCCAACUGGCUGCAAGGGAUGAGGUUGGCCACCUGAGCAACUCUUAUGUGCAGCCCUACUCCUGCUAUGAACUGGCCUGUGUGCUGCUAAACACCCCAGAGUCUGCCGGGAAGGGUAGAAUGCUGAUGCUCCAGGCUAAGGUACAGUAGCUUUCCUCAUUGCAUGAGAUUUGUGUAAUUUGCAUUUGCUUAAGUAGAUUUUAGCAAGCUUUAUCAAUAGAUCUCCUCUAAGAUCUGUGAUCAAAUCGUUUAUUACACUUAUUUUUUGAAAUAAGACAAUGUUUGUAUUAUUUCUGCCCAUAGUCAACACUUUGCAUCAAGGUCUUGUAAACGUUUUAAGGAUGUUUUCACCCUCCGACAGAUCAAUACACUCGCUGCCUGAUCAGCAUUUCAAAUAAAGGAGCGGCAGGCUAAAUGCUUUAGAGUUAAAGUGGUGUUUUUUUAAUAGUGAAAAGAAUAGCAACCAACAAACUCCAAAAGGCCACGGUUAUAGAUUCUUAUUUCUUUUGUCCAAGAGAGGCUUGUCAUCCCCUGCUAAGCCCUCAUACAUGAGGCACAGACCAACAAAAUAACUCCCUGAGAAGGAAACCUGUGCAGCAGCUCUGAGAGAGGCAGACGUGUCCACCUUGUAGCUCAUUUGAAGGGACAAGGACAGGCAACAUUGCCAUUGGAGCAGUCAGAGUGACUGGCUGAAGCUAUGCCAGGUUCCCAUCACUACGUCUUCCUACGUCAAUUAGACUUAUGCUGUUAUGCUGCCCUAUGUUGAGGAAAUCAGGAAUGCUGUGCACCAUGAGAGGAGAGUGAGACCUCCUAGCGCCGUGUUGGUUUAGGCUGGAGUAUUUGCUUUGUCUGAUCUCACUGUGAACAGGAAACAGCAAACCAUUCCACACUGAGCUGAGAGUAAUCAGGGAGGCAUCUGCACAUCUUUGGUAAUAAGGAAAAAUUGUGACAAAACAGAUGUUGCGAAAGCAGUUCCUAUACGGCUUACAACAGUUUGUUGCUAUCUAGUACAGUAUGUGGUUGCAUUAACCCAGUGGUUCUCAAACUUUUUCUGUCAUUCCCCACUUUGAACAG